UGUUGACUUACACUGUAGGGAGUAGCAAACAGAGACAAAAGGUUUCAACAAUGGAGGUUGAAGAAAAAAUACAGAAUCUAUGGCAAGAAUUGAGGGACCUAAGCUUAGGCAAUCCACCCAAAGUCGACCACCUACGCACCCCACCCACUCCCCUCCAAUUCCUCCGUGACUACGUCAACCCAAACAAGCCCUGCCUCAUUUCCGCCGCAACCCACCACUGGCCCGCCCUCUCCUUGUGGCCCUCCACCUCCUACCUCCGGGACACCCUCUCCUCCACCCCUGUAUCCCUCCACCUCACUCCAACCGGCCGCGCUGAUUCCCUAACCCCACACCCCACUUCCCCUUCCUCUCUCUGCUUUGCAUCCGCCCAUGUCCAAACCCUCCCUUUUGAACAGGCAUUGGAUAGGGUACUCGACUCGGACUCUAAGCAGGUGUCGUAUUUGCAGGAACAGAAUGACUGUUUUCGUGCCGAGUAUGGGGCUUUGUCGAGGGAUUGUGAAGAGGAUAUUCCUUGGGCGAGUGAGGCACUGGGGUGCCGGCCUGAGGCUGUGAAUUUGUGGAUUGGGAACCAUUUUUCGGAAACUUCGUUUCAUAAGGAUCAUUAUGAGAAUCUUUAUGCUGUUGUAACUGGGGAGAAGCAUUUCCUACUGCUUCCUCCUACUGAUUUUCACAGAAUGUACGUCCGUGAGUAUCCGGCUGCUCGAUAUCAAUAUCAUCAGGAUACUGGAGAAUUUACACUGGAGCUAGAGGAUCCGAUUAGGGUCGUGCCAUGGUCUAGUGUGGAUCCAUACCCCUUACAUGAGGAGAUACAGAGAGAAUUUGAUAAGUUUCCUUUGUACUUCGAUGGACCAAAGCCAUUUGAAGUUACAGUCAAGGCGGGGGAAAUGCUUUAUUUGCCGAGCAUGUGGUUUCAUCAUGUUAGACAGAGUCCUGACAACUCAGGACUCACUAUUGCGAUAAACUAUUGGUAUGAUAUGCGGUUUGAUAUAAAGUAUGCUUACUUUAACUUCCUGCAAUCUAUACCUCACUCACCACGGAAGGAUCCUGCUUCAUGUAAAGUGAUAAACCUGGAAUCGAGUUUCAGUGGAUCUGCGUGCAACUCAGGAGAUGAAUCAGAUAUAACUGAAUCUUUGCCAAAUCCUAAUAAUGUUAGAGAUGACAGUGAUGGUGAAAUGGAUGAGCUAUGUUAUAAACCGGACUGUAUUUCAGGGGUUUCACAACUAGGAAUCUUUUGAAAGAAACCGAGAUAAGAGUUAUGCAAGAUGCUUUUGUUGUUUUGCCAAAUUAUGGAAGCGUCGAGGAUUUGGAAUGCAUUAAUCUGCUCAUGGGGAUUUCAUUAUUCUUUUGUAAAUAAAUGCAAUGACUUUCCCUGUAAGUCAACAUUCUGUUGUCUCCUCCUCUGCCUUUCACCCUUUGCUUUGCCGCAUGUUUGGUAGGGAAGCACAUGCGAGAAGUGGUCGAUCUGAUUGUCCCAGAAAGGUGUUCUGUCUAUAAAAGUGGAGUGCAUUUUCGACUUUUACGGUAUGAUGCUGCUUCCUAAAAACAUUGGAAAUCGAGAGAGAACAUAUUUUUAACUGUGUAUUGAAACCUCUGCACAAGCCUUCGAGGACAUGCUACUGAUUAUAAGUGCUUCUGGUCUAUGCAAUACAUACUUGAGUUGUGUUUCAUUGGGUUUUAAUAUUGUCUGGGGACAGGCAGACGACUCCAAUGCAUUAAAAUCAACGUAGUUAUUGCCUUA